GUUGAUAAUGGCGGCUACGGCGAAACUGCAAAGGACUUUCUGAACAAGUCAAUUUCCAUUUUGCUAUUUUGUAAAUGUGUAUUGUGUUCUAUUGCUUCAAUUCCGCUUGUUUAGGGAAUAAUCAACUAACUCAAGUAGAUGCUGUGAUACUAAAAGAUAGGUUAAUCGUUUUCUUUGGCAGUGUAAGUGAAGGAAAGCACUCUUACAUUCAAACACCUGUGAUAAGCAAUUCUCGCCAAAAUGGUUCGUACCAAAAUAUCCAAAAACAGCGCAUCCAAGCGAAACCGGGCCAGCUACCAGGAGGAGCGCUUCGCCAACGUAAUGCGCGAAUUCGAUAUUAUAUCGGAAACCUUUCUUAUGUCGAUCGAUGCAAAGCUCAACGCCGACCUGGAAAAGUUGGACUAUCAGGCGAGCAUGAUGAAGAGUCGCAUACCGAAGGAAAUACUCCAGAUGACGAUGGGCGAUCUGCGAAAGCGUGGCUGCAGUAUGUUCGUCGAUGUGCUGAAUGCGCCCGCGGCCCCGUUCGACAGCGUACCGGAACGGGAUGCGGCCAACUCGAGCCAACUGUCGAUCGGCUCCGGAGACCUACAAACGAGCAUGCGGCGAUCGUAUCGCACCGACGAAGGCUACCUGACGGAGGACAAUGCAAAACAGCCAUCGUUGGACGUGUUGGCCUCGGCCAAACCCUCCAAGCGUCCGAUGGGACCGCUUGCUUCCGCUAUGAAGAGCAGUUACGCGCGGCGGCGCAGCAAUUCCGUGUCCGGGCAGAGCACCAUCGGCACACCCUGCAAACCGACCAGCAAAUCGUCGAUGCUGUUCGGUCUGAAGACGAAGCAAGCGGAUCUGCGCGGUACGCCGGCGGUGGGGAAAAACAUUUUCCUCGGGCAGUCGGAGCGAAUCUCCCGCCCGAAGCUGCGCACACCGCUGCCGGACGGUAGCAGGAAGGUUCGCACCACACAAGCGGUCAGUGCGGAUAGGGGCAUGAGCCAGAUUAUGCUGAAGGUGGAACCGAACACGCCGCUCGCGUUCAUCCGCUAUCCGCGGGCGGGCGAAAGCGUUUACUCGCUGACCGGCAGCCCGGUGGUAAACACGGUGAUGUCGAAAAACACGGCAAACGUAAACAUACCGGUGCCGGACGGGAUGUUGUCGCUGCAGCCGACCGAUCUGGAGGACAUGGAUCGGGAGCUGCUGCCGAAGAUCGAUUACGCGACUUUGGAGCAUCUGAAGAAGCUGCAGGCGAACCUGAACAAAGUGAUGCAAUAUGCGGAGGAGUGCAUCUUCAAUAAGAACCAGUGAUAUACCGCAAUGAGAAAAGAAGACGAACGACUGAGGUUUUUUUUUGUUUCAUGUAACUUAAUGUCAUAAUUUCAUAAAGCUGUGUGUUCAUUUAGAUUUUAUAGAAAUACAUUUUUGGCAGUUUUGCCAGUAUUUGCCUCCAUUUGGAUGGUGAAAUUAUA